GCCCCGACGGAGGCGCCAUUGCUUCACAGGCGCUGUAGUUCAAGUUUUCCUGCCCGUGCAUGGAAAGUCAGUUCUGCGGAGGUAACAAAAAGACUCCAAGCCCCAGCCGCGGUCGCUGCUCGUUUUUUUUUUCCUCCUCGUCUAGCGGGGGGAGUAGUCACAGCUGGAAGGAUAAUAAGAUGCGCAUGAAUUUACAACCUGGAAUAAAAAGAUAAGAGAAAAUAAAUGGACGGCUCGGUCAGCCUCUGCGCGCCUGUGUGUAGAACUUCUGUCGGCGUUUGUCACAUUUAGGCUGCGGCGCCGCGCUCCGCCGUGCGGCUUGAGGAAAGAGCAGAGUUAUAAAGUUCAGGCUCCGCUUCCCUCAGUUGAUGGAGUCACAAAGUUUCUUCAGUCCGCUCACAAUGGAGAGAAAAGCGCCCUUCGCUGACUGUGAAGGCUUCCUGUGGUCGGAGUGGAUUACUGACCUCGGUAAGGAGAGCGAGCACCACUCCAGGAUAUGAAGUUUGCUGCAGUGAUUUUACUGCAGAAGUCUGCGGAUUGUUCAGAGACUUAUUCUGCAUCCCCUGCCCAUCAAGUGAAUGAGUUGUGUGAGCUCAGGUGGGCGGAUUGGCUAUCACCCUCUUAAUUUAUAUAAAAAAAAAACAAACAAACAAAAAGAACUAUGUCACUUUGAUGAAAAACACACAGCGCUGACUCGCCACGACUGAUGAGGACCAAAGCUUCCCCCUACCCAGAGCCUGUCCCUCAGUAAAACCUCCACUCUUUAGCAUUUCACGUUGCCAUUGGAAGAAACCCAAUGUCUGCCUCCUCUCCACCAUCCUUACCUCGAGCCUUCCUCCACUCUCUCCAUCCGCACCACCCGUCCUCGACGUCCACCCCGUCUCCGUCGCCGAGCCCGCCCGGACCGCUCUACACUCGGCUGUCCAACGGCAGCCACAGCGUCCCCAGCCCCACCAAUUCCCGCGGCUCCUUCCAUGGGGUGUCCUUCCUGCUGCAGAUAGGACUGACCAGAGAGACGGUGAACCUGGAGGCCAGUGACCUGACGCUGUCCUCCGUGAAGGACCUGGUGUGCUCCAUUGUGGACCAGAAGUUCCCAGAGUGCGGCUUUUUUGGCAUGUACGACAAGAUCCUGCUGUUCCGCCACAACUUGAACGACGAGAACAUCCUGCAGAGGCUGACCUCAGCAGAAGACAUCCACGAAGGAGACCUCAUUGAGGUGGUGCUUUCUGCUCAAGCUACAGUUGAGGACUUCCAGAUCCGACCCCAUGCCCUUUAUGUUCACUCCUACAAGGCCCCGACCUUCUGCGACUACUGUGGUGAGAUGCUAUGGGGUCUCGUCCGGCAGGGGCUCAAAUGUGAAGGUUGUGGGCUAAACUACCACAAACGCUGCGCCUUCAAGAUCCCAAAUAACUGUACUGGUGUCAGGAAGAGGAGAUUGUCCAAUGUCUCGCUGCCUGGACCAUCCCUCUCUGUCCCUCGACCAGCACCUGCCGAAAAUACCGUGGUCGUCCUGGAUGAGCAGAGGUCCCAUCAGGAGGCGGGGAAGCGGAUCCUGUCUUGGAGCGGCAGGCCCAUCUGGAUGGAGAAGAUGGUGCUGGGACGAGUUAAGGUGCCGCACACCUUCGCCAUUCACACUUACACCCGCCCCACUAUCUGCCAGUACUGCAAGCGUCUGCUCAAGGGUCUUUUUCGCCAGGGCAUGCAGUGUAAAGAUUGCAAAUUCAACUGCCACAAGCGAUGUGCUUCAAAGGUACCUAGAGACUGUUUGGGGGAGGUGGACUUCAAUGGAGAGCCAGCCAGCCCUGGCCCAGACUCUGACACUACCAUAGAUACUAUGGAGGUGGAUAGUGGCGACUUGGAUGGCAGCAGAGGACUGGAUGACCCAGAGGAACCCUCCACACCAGAUGAGAGGAUGUUCGACAUGGAUUCUCCCUUCUUGGAUAGAGAGAAGGAUGAAGAGCCCAUCAAGACUAUCAGCCCUUCCACGAGCAGCAACAUCCCUCUGAUGCGGGUGGUCCAGUCCAUUAAACACACCAAGAGGCGGAGCUCCACUGUGGUGAAGGAGGGCUGGAUGGUUCAUUAUACGAGCAGGGACAACCUGCGGAAGAGACAUUAUUGGAGGCUAGACAGCAAGAGCCUGAGUCUCUUCCAGAAUGACACCGGGGCCAAGUUCUACAAAGAAAUCCCUCUGUCCGAGAUCCUCCAGGUGGAACAGUCCAGAGACUACAGCAAUCUGGCCCAGGGCAGCAACCCACACUGCUUUGAGAUCAUCACAGCCACCAUGGUAUACUAUGUAGGGGAGAACAACUGCAGUCACUACCACAGCCCUGCACUGGCUGCCUCAGGUGUCGGCAUGGAGGUUGCUCAGGGCUGGGAGAAAGCCAUCAGACAGGCCCUGAUGCCAGUCACCCCUCAGCCCAGCGUGGCCAGUGCCGCUGGCCAGGGCAAAGAUCACAAAGAGCUGUCCAUCAGCAUAUCCGUGUCCAACUGCCAGAUCCAGGAGAAUGUGGAUAUUGCCUCGGUGUACCAAAUAUUCUCUGAUGAGGUGCUGGGAUCAGGCCAAUUUGGCAUUGUGUAUGGAGGCAAACACAGAAAGAGUGGCAGAGAUGUGGCCAUCAAAGUCAUUGACAAGAUGAGAUUUCCAACCAAGCAGGAGAGCCAGCUGAGGAAUGAGGUGGCCAUAUUACAGAAUCUGCAUCACCCCGGCAUCGUCAACUUGGAGUGUAUGUUCGAGACACCAGAGCGAGUGUUUGUUGUCAUGGAGAAGCUGCAUGGCGACAUGCUGGAGAUGAUUCUGUCCAGUGAGAAGAGCAAACUGCCCGAGCGAAUCACCAAGUUCCUUGUCACACAGAUCCUGGUGGCCUUGAGACAUCUGCACUUCAAAAAUAUUGUUCACUGUGACUUGAAGCCUGAGAAUGUACUACUGGCCUCUGCAGAGCCCUUUCCUCAGGUAAAACUGUGUGACUUUGGCUUUGCCCGAAUCAUUGGCGAGAAGUCUUUCCGGCGGUCUGUGGUGGGCACUCCGGCUUAUCUGGCUCCAGAGGUGCUGCGCAGUAAAGGCUACAACCGCUCCUUAGACAUGUGGUCAGUGGGAGUCAUCGUGUACGUCAGCUUGAGCGGGACGUUCCCUUUCAAUGAGGACGAGGACAUUAACGACCAGAUCCAGAAUGCUGCCUUCAUGUAUCCCCCUACACCCUGGAAGGACAUCUCCGCUGAGGCAACAGAUCUGAUCAACAAUCUUCUCCAAGUCAAGAUGAGGAAGAGGUACAGCGUGGACAAGUGUCUCAGCCAUCCCUGGUUACAGGACUAUCAGACAUGGCUGGACCUCAGGGAGUUUGAGACGCGGCGAGGUGAGCGCUACAUCACCCACGAGAGCGACGACGCUCGCUGGGAGGAGUACGCAGACGAGCACUGUCUCGUUUACCCCAAACACUUCAUCAUGGCUCCCAACUUAGAUGACAUGGAGGAGGACCCCUAGUGGAACAGGGGACUUACUACACCACAUGUAUUAAGGACAUGAAUUGUCACUGGGACCUUUUUCAUAAAGCUUUGGGAGCGGCAGAUUUUCCCUCCAGAACUGUUUGUUGUGGAAACAGAGAUAAGCUGAGCAGGUGGAGAGUUACUCCCCAGAGCUCUUUAAAGGCAGGAGAAACUCGACAGAAUUCGUAGCAUGAUGUACUGCUACAAGCAGCAUGCAGGUGGAGAUGCAUGCCACAGAAAUGCAUUAAGCAACUGUCUGGAGAGAAGAGUGUCCAUCCUCUUUUCCAUAGUAUCAAAACAUUCCAAGGAUUUGCUCAAACGUGGUUCUUUUUUUUAAGAACAGUCACAAUCCAAAACAUGCAAGGUGAAGUUGAUAGUUAAGGUGUUGGACACAUAAUUUUGGAUAGCUGAGUAAUAAUAUGACUGAUCAGAGGGAGAGAGAGAGCUUACUCCAGGAGUAAAGGGCACUUUCCACAAGGGAUUUACAGUCUGAGAAUAUCAAACGCACGAGUUUUGUUCUCAUUUCCAAACUGUUUGCGAGACUGUCCUUUGGCAUGAAACUGGAACUAUGACAUUAUAUUUGUAUGUUUUUAUGUAUUUCGUAAAAUUGUGGUAGAUUUUUGCACUAUACUUUUUCCAUUGAACAUAGCAAUUGAAUAGACAACACUAUUCGCUGCUACAGUUUAUGAGUGUCCAGUCAAGAUGCAAAGUUUUAACCAGCAGAAAGUUGAAGUGACUCAAACAGUACUGGACUUUGAAUUAGGGUACACAUAUUACCCAUUAACUCGUUGCUUAUUGACAUGCAUUUUAGCAGCAUUAUUGGCUCUUGAUAGUCGAACUACCAGUGAAUUAGUUAUGAGCACGGCCUCACUUUAGAAUGUGGAUCAAAUUCGGAGUUAGAGAGACUUCAUUUAGAUUUAUGUUGACACUGUAAACACUUGUUUACAUGAUUGUGAAGUGUUAUUAAGUUAACAACUGCAACUAGUUAAUGGUUAAUAUGUUUUCCAUAAUAUGAAGCGCUAACUACAAAUUUGAUCAGCUUUCCCCUUGAGAAUAUGACCAAAAACCCUGACCAAAUAUGUAGACAAAAAGUAUUUGUAUCAGUAUUUCCAAAGUUUUGUUGUUUUUUUUGUUCAAAAUGAACUCUGUGAAUUAGUUCAGUGCUAAAACACCACAACCCUGAACCAUCAAUAAUUGCAAUAAUGGAGCCAUUUUUUUCUCUGUUCAACAUGAGGCUAAAGCAGCACAGACUCUGCGUUUGAGAAUCAUGUUUCUGUGUAUCUUUUCCUCUACUCUCGCCGUAUUCUUGAAUGUGACUUUUUAAGCGAUCAGAUUCUGGAAUAUGUGUUUUUUGAUGUGUGUUGCAUCAACCUUGGUUUUACAUAGAACAAAAUGUCAGUGUCAGAUUCAUUGUUUAUGAAGUUGUCUGGACCAUUUCAAAAGCCAUGUUGUGUCGACAGUGGACAGUCACAUGGGAGUUAAUAGCGCUACAGUUUUGUAGUUUGCUCUGUUGGUGUGUUUUGGGAGUACCUCCCUGUUCCCUUUUGUCCUCUCUCUGUCUUUGUUGCCGCUGGAUUGGCAGGUGUCAGUGUUUUGUAUAUUUCAGUACAUACCAAUGGAAUAAAAAACCCAACUUCUUAAGUGAGAAUGAAAAGUU